AUGACGACCAAAUUAUACUUGACUCUUUUCGUUGUGAUGACACUUUGUCAAAUAAGUUUAACUAGACCCAUGGCAAUCAGUAAUACCAAUCAUAUCUCGUCAAUGCAUCCUACUGGAACAGAAUACAAAAAUGCUCAAUUCCAAUUUUCAGUUGUAUUACCUCAUGGUUGGCAUUCGAGAGGAUUGGUGAAAAUGUUCGAAAAGCAUAAGAGGGAUAUACAUCCAUUUAUAAUCCGAGACCACACGUCAGUUGGAGAGCAAUACAAAGAAGUAGCACCAGUUUUUUUCUUUUCCAAGUACGACAUCGACAGAUUCGACGGCAAAUCAAACCCAAAUAUUCAAGCUGCAAUUUACAGUGUACAACCGGCAUCGGAAGCUUACGCUAACUGUGGCUUUUUACAUUUUGUUCAAAGAGAUAUCGAAGCAUCUCAGAGAAAUAAAGCAAUCCUCGCAAAUGAUACUAUCGAAUUUGCGGAUGACUGUACGAUUUCUGAGCUGGAUAGAAUCCUUUACGCUAGUCAAACAUCUCACGUGAAAACAAAUCAAACCUUAUUGAUGGUAAAACAGAAGAGAUUUGCAAGACUUAUAGGCAAAACUCAUAUUCUUUACAUGGUAUUGAACUAUUCCAAUGAACAUAGUGAGAAACAACUAUUGGCCAUCAUGAAGAGUAUAAGAUCUCUUGUGAACGCGUGA